GAUGCUGGCAGGCUCCGAAGGGGCUGGACACCAUCUUCUCAGGUUGAAGCAAGUCCUGGCUGAGUUCCUAGUCCAGGAGGUGGGAGGAGUGAGGGGUGGAGGGCAGAGGAGAAACUGCGUCAGGGAUGUGCCCCCCACCUUCAUCCUCCAGACGGGACUUGGGAGCGUCUGCAGGAAACCCCGAGAGAUUCCUCUUUAGGGAAGUCAUCCAGCCCUGGGGUCCCCUUAUGCCAGGAGCAAACAGUGAGGACAGAAGAAUGACCAUCUAUCUUGCUGAAAGCUCUGUGAGGGAGGAACGGAAGAACGGAGGAUGCUACGACCUUGACCAUCCUCUGAGUGUCCAUGGCCUCUGCGCUGCGGAUGAUGCCGGGGCUGCCAGGGGCCACAGAGCCACCCACUGGGAGGCUGGGGGUUGGCCUGGCUCAGGGGCCUUCGUCAGCCACAGACACCCACAGCAUGUGGUAGGCAGGGCUGGGAGGUGACACAGGAACUGAAAAACCUGAGAAGCUCCAGCCACUCCGCAGGGUAAGUGGCACCUGGGGUAAAAUGACUGCCUGGAGCUGGCAGCUGCUUUCCCCGCUCUCUCGCGGGCCCUGCAGGGAAGCAUUGGAAGGGGAGGGGGCACAGCGCUGGGCACAGAGGGGCUCUCAGAUGCUGGACUGGACUGUUUCAGGGGUCAUCUAGCCCAUUGCCCGCCUCCAGGUGAGGAUUUGCCUGAGCUUGGAAAGACGAAGGAUCCUUCCAGUGCUGUCAAGCCCCGGAUUCCACCUCCCUGUGGGUGGACUGUUAGCGCAGGCCCUGACAACGCAGAGAAAGACACAGGACUCAGCUGGGCCAGUGACAGCAGGAGCUCCUGGUGCCACAGGAAUGGAAACUGUGACUCAUAAUGGUCAGCCAGCCAGUCAAUGAUUAUCCCCACCAGGCCCUGGCGCAUCAAGAUUUGCUGGCAGACACUAUUAGAAGUAAAAGCCACGUGCCCUCAAAAGGGCAAGGCAAGGCAUCUUCAGAUGUCUCUGCCCUUAAAGCACACGCGUUCUGCUCUGCGACGAAGCAGGACAAGGAGGACAGGGACCUGCACCUCCGGAGGCCCGCACCUACAAAGAUAGCGGGCUCGGGACCGUCGGUGGACCCGCAGGGCUCCAGAGGCCCGCGCGCCGCCGCCCCGCCCUCAUUGCUGAGCCUGCCAGGUAAGCGGCCCCAGCGCCGUGCCCGCGCGACCUCUACUCCUUCGGGAAGAGUCGCGCUCACGUCUCAAGUGGGAGCAAUGCACCGGGACAGGGACACCUCCUAGGCCAUGCCUGUUCCAGUCCAGUUCUCCCUGAACGUCCGGCUGGUUCAUCACCUGCUUAAAUAAAACCGUAUACAUGCAAACUCUCUUCCGCCGUCACCGGAAGUGACGCGUUACGUGCCCGCGUAUUCCUACCGGCGUAUUCCCGCCCUGCUGUUCGCCCGCAGUUCCGUGGCGGGAAUUGAGGCGACUGUGGGGACAUCAGUGAUCGUAAGUCUCCUGCGCCCGUUAUUCUCAGAUUAGGUGACGGAGCUAAGACUUCGAGACUAUCUCGUCCUUUUUGUGUCGCGGAAACCUGAGGAACGAGCCGGCGGCGGUGACCUGCACGAGAAGCCAGGCCAACUGGUAACUUGCUGGAGGAAUUGCAAGCCCGCUUCGCCUUCCCCACUCCUGCCCUUGAUACCCCUGUGAGGUCUUCCACCUCCUUCGGGGCCCCAGCCUAGUCGCCCUUUCAUGCCCUGGCCGCGCCCUUUGUUGAAAUGGUGGUUCCGGACAGCAUCUUGCAGACCCCGGCUUUGGGCUGUAUUAAUGUUUAACAGCCCGAGGCAAGGAUGGACUAAUCCAAUAACGUUAUAAAAACCUUGGCUGCUAACAGAUAUUAAAAAUUUAUUUUAUUUUAUUGAGCAUAUCCCCAUAUGCCAAGGAAGGAACUAUGUAUUUGCAUACAUUCUUUUAUUUAACUCAGUUGUCCUAUGGAAUAGGCCUUAGCUCCUUUAACAGAAAAGGAAACCGGGUAUCAUAGAUGGUAAUUCAGUCACCAAAUAUUAUGGAGCAUCUACCGUGUACCAGGCACUGUUCUAGGCACCAGGGCAUGUAGCAGUGAAAAAAAUAGAAUUAACUGGAGAUUUUUUCAGGCAAGCUAAAGAUGCUUUUUAUCCCUGAAAACAGCCUGGAAGAAUGUUUACCUGCAUGUUAGAAAUAGUUACCUUUGGGUGGGAUUUUGUAUUGCUUUGUUGUUAAAAUAGAAACAGCUGUUUUUCUCAUAACACGCUCACUUGCAGAAAUCAAAACAAUGCAGAAAAGCAUGAGGGAUAAGAGUCCCUCACCUUCCCUUCCCCACAGAAAGUCUCUGAAGGGUGAAGUAACCAUGCAGGCAUUUCUUAAAGGCACAUCCAUCAGUACUAAACCCCUGCUGACCAAGGAUCGAGGAGUAGCUGCCACUGCGGGAAGUAGCGGAGAGAACAGGAAAGCCAAACCCGUUCCCUGGGUUGAAAAAUAUCGCCCAAAAUGUGUGGAUGAAGUUGCUUUCCAGGAAGAAGUGGUUGCAGUGCUGAAAAAAUCUUUAGAAGGAGCAGAUCUUCCUAAUCUCUUGUUUUAUGGACCACCUGGAACUGGAAAAACAUCCACUAUUUUGGCAGCAGCUAGAGAACUCUUUGGGCCUGAACUUUUCCGAUUAAGAGUUCUUGAGUUAAAUGCAUCUGAUGAACGUGGAAUACAAGUAGUUCGAGAGAAAGUGAAAAAUUUUGCUCAAUUAACUGUGUCAGGAAGUCGUUCAGAUGGGAAGCCGUGUCCACCUUUUAAGAUUGUGAUUCUGGAUGAAGCAGAUUCUAUGACCUCAGCUGCUCAGGCAGCUUUAAGACGUACCAUGGAGAAGGAGUCUAAAACCACCCGAUUCUGUCUUAUCUGUAACUAUGUCAGUCGAAUAAUUGAACCCCUGACCUCUAGAUGUUCAAAAUUCCGCUUCAAGCCUCUGUCAGAUAAAAUUCAACAGCAGCGAUUACUAGACAUUGCCAAGAAGGAAAAUGUCAAAAUUAGUGAUGAGGGAAUAGCUUAUCUUGUUAAAGUGUCAGAAGGAGACUUAAGAAAAGCCAUUACAUUUCUUCAAAGCGCUACUCGAUUAACAGGUGGAAAGGAGAUCACAGAGAAAGUGAUUACAGACAUUGCUGGGGUAAUACCAGCUGAGAAAAUUGAUGGAGUAUUUGCUGCCUGUCAGAGUGGCUCUUUUGACAAACUAGAAGCUGUGGUCAAGGAUUUAAUAGAUGAGGGUCAUGCAGCAACUCAGCUCGUCAAUCAACUCCAUGAUGUGGUUGUAGAAAAUAACUUAUCUGAUAAACAGAAGUCCAUCAUUACAGAAAAACUUGCCGAAGUUGACAAAUGCCUAGCAGAUGGUGCUGAUGAACAUUUGCAGCUCAUCAGCCUUUGCGCAACUGUGAUGCAGCAGUUAUCCCAGAAUUGUUAAAGCGAAUAUACUUGGAUGGGGGGUUUUGUAAAUAAUGGGGUUGUAGUAAAAAUAAAAUGACCAACAGCA